AUGACUCGGUUUGCCGGUAAAUACGGUCUGUAUCUUUAUCGAGAAAAGGGCGUCGACUUUAGUGAUCAACCAACUGGUGUCCCGGUAUUAUUCAUUCAUGGUCAUGCUGGCAGCUAUAAACAAGUUAGAUCCUUGGCAGCAGAAUCUGCGUUCUAUUACUAUAGAAAUUAUGCAGGUGAUAUUGACAAGUGGCAAAAUGGUGUUCGAAAUUUAGACUUUUUUACAGUUGAUUUUCAUGAAGAGUUUUCUGCUCUCCAUGGUCAAUCUAUUUUAGAACAGGCCGAAUAUUUAAACGAUGCUAUAGAUUAUAUCCUCAAAUUAUAUCCACAAACUCGAAAAAUAGAUCAUCCCGACGAUACAAAAUUACCUGACCCAACAUCUGUGAUAAUUAUUGGUCACUCAAUGGGCGGGAUUGUAGCCAGAGCCAUGUUCACAAUGAACAAUUAUCAACAUGGUACAAUCAAUACUAUCAUUACUAUGUCUACACCACAUAUGUUACCACCUGCACCUUUUGACUGGAAAAUUUCCCAAUUAUACGAUGACAUUAAUAAGUUUUGGCAAGAAGGCUUUUCAAAACACGCCAUGGAAGCUGAUAACAACGAUAGAUACCAUCACGAAUCUCUUGGAGAUAUUUCCAUCAUAUCCAUGGCUGGUGGAACAUUGGACAAUACGGUAUGUUCGGAUUCAACGAACAUAGGUUCGAUUGUACCCGCAACCCAUGGUUUCACAGUAUUCUCAACGGCAAUUCCCAAUGUUUGGACAGGUGCUGAUCAUGUUUCUAUAUUGACAUGCAAUCAAUUAGUGAAAGUGGUGUCAAAGACCUUGAUUGAUAUUGUGGAUGUUCGAAAGGGUUCUCAGACAAAGCCGUUGGAAGAGCGUAUGCAAAUUAUGCGUCAUGCAUUCCUCAGUGGUCUCGAGGAUCGUAAAGGGGACGGUUCUGAUCUUCAAUUAGGUAAUUUGUCUUAUUUUAAUUUGAUUGAAGCCGAUUGCAUGUUCUUGAGACCAGGCGAAAGAUUAGUGAUUGGUCAGGAACCUAUUGCCAAGGUAGUCUUGUUACCCACUGUAGCUAAUGCAGACGCAUUUGCUGUGCUUUCUGGCAGUGAGAUUUCAAAUGGGGGUAGAUUUGAGCUGUUAUUAUGCUCCAAAAUAGAUGGUCAAAUCACAAAUACAACAAGGAUGGCUUGUCGAACUGCGAAUCCUAUUGCCGUUCCAAUCCCUGCUUCGACAGCGCAUGAUAUCUAUCCAUUCUCUGGAAAUACUUUUUCGUUUGCCAGUAUUGAAUUUGAGGAAAUGGGCUCAUAUGCUUACUUUGCUGUCAUUGAUAAGGGCCAAGGUGGAUUUUUAAUUGUCGAGCCAUUUAAAACCAGAACAAAUAGUCAAGUUAUACGCCAAUCAAUGUUGUCCAUUGCUUUAGAGGGAGUUCAUGUUAAGACCGGUCCUGGAUUAUUCACGAGUAUUCGUAUACCAUCCAUUGAAAGUCCAAUCUUAGCCUAUCAUCUCAAAGUAUCUAGACCCAACUGCAAAUCAUACAGUAGUCACUUUUCGCCACUUUUACGCCAGUCUAUUUCAACGAUGCAUGAAUCUAAAUUUUACGUCAAUUUAGCAGGUCAUACCGAGGAUGAAACAGAUGUAUCUAUUCACGGUCGUACUGCAUUUGCAUCGAUUGUUAGUAGCUCACGCGAUGUGGAUAAAAAUGGACUUUCAUUUCAAAUCUGGAUGGACCCAUCAUGUCCCGAGCCGUUACAGUUGGAUCUUUCGAUCGACUGGUAUGGUAGCGCUGGGCGGUUAGGAUUUAGAAAUGGCAUCAUGCUUGCCACAUUUUCAUUUAUCAUUGUGAUGCUAGUAUUUGCAAGUCAAAUCAAAUGUUAUAACGAUACUGGCAUAUUUCCUAGCUUCAGUCAAGGAUUAUCGUAUUGUUUCCAAAGAUCACUUCCUAUUGUGAUGAUAUGUGUUUCGAUCUGCAGUAUUGCACAAUGUGCAUCACCUUCGACCUACUAUACAUUUGAUGAUCUGUGGUAUUUACCCUCUACAAGUAUUUCAUGGCAGGAUGUGAUGACAGGAAAUACAGAUCCGUUCUUCUGGUGGAUCCCACUUGCAGGUUUAGGCAUGAGUGUGGGUAUUGUUAGUAUACUUUGGUUGAUGGUAGAUUGUGGUGUACGUAUAUCGGCUCAUAUAUCUGUCUUUUUUUCGGCGCAAUGUGGUCUCGGUGGUUGGCCCAUGUCUCGUAGUCAAGAGACAAGACAUCAGCAAAUCCAACGUAGAGCUAUCACGACUUUAAUAUUAUUUUUACUUGUCGCUACUUUUAUUCCAUACCAAUUUGUUUUUGUUGUUGCUUUUCUGGUGCAGAUUGUCACUUGUAUCCGGUCGCUAGCAAGAUCCUGGUUAUCCAUAAGCUCGGGUAGAAUGGAUUUUAAAGGAACAAAUCGUUACAAUUAUAUGUUGUCGAUAUUGCUUUUGUUCUUCACGCUUUUACCAUUUAAUUUGCCUAUUCUUCUUGUUUGGAUUCGCAAUAUAUCCGUUCAUUGGUUUGUACCGUUUUCAUCAGAUCACAAUGUAUUAUCAAUUGCACCAAUUAUGAUUUAUGUCGAAAUUCUUACAAGUAAUCGAAAAAUGUUGCCACGCCAGAGAAACAGGUAUAGUUAUUGUUGA